UAAAUCUUCCUUUCUAUAUCUCGCUAUGGUUUUGGCUCUCUCUUCUGCUUGCCGCCUUGGACUAUUCUAUUCUCCCUUGAACAGCCACGAAUGUCUCUGCCAUUGUCAUUCAACCCUUGCAUCCAAGCUACUUGGACGAUGAGAUAAUCCCUCUGACUUUGCAACUUGAAGAGUCCAACGAUCACGCGGAGACACGCAAGGGAAAGUAUCCAGUCAACGAUGUUCCAGAUCUCGAAGUUGCAUGUGCAAACUACCUAAUGGAAAUCGAGGGUCACCUGCCAUCCCUCAUGGAUGUCAAGUUAGCCCACAGUAUUUCCAAAUGCGGUAGAUCUAGAUGCACGAUCUAUCGCUCAAAUCACCACAGUGGAAGCACAGGCUAUGGAAGACCGCGGCGUUGCGCUGCGAAUGAGCAAGGAUGACCCAGACCUCGAAGCUCCUCCCCCGUACACUGAGGAUAUCCGUAACGAAUAUCUGGAGGAUGAAGUCCUGCGGCGGCUCAAGCUCCUUCUUCUCAGUGAUGAGACGAGCUAUGACGACAACGAAAGCGAAAUUGGCCCUUCAGCUCCCUACACCCAACGUCAGGCUGAAGCAUUGGGAAAAGUGUCCCACCAGAAUUUCGAGUGCUGUGCCUGCCUGUCUGAGUCUCUGGGGGGUUCGCUGAACCAGAGUCUCACGCCUCGAUCAAUUUUGACGAUUAUAUCCACUCAACUUCCCCCCAGUUUUCUUACAAACAUGGAUGAUCCAAAUGCUUCAGGGCCAUCGAAGGUUAAACUGAAACGCAUCUCCAUGGCCCUAGAGAAUUGCAGUGCAUAUGUAAGGAGCCGCGGGAUGCUUGGCCACAGCACAACUACCAGAUGACAGAACAAGAUGCAAUGAAUCU